AUGGAUGCUGAAGAAGUUUUAAACCUCUUCGAUUCCCAUUGGCUUGAGAGCACAAUUUUCUCCCAGAAACCACUAUCACUACCCCAUAAAACAACAAACCCGACUCAUCACCAAAUCCAAGAACCAAACUUUUCACGCUUGCCAACUCUCCAUGUAAGAUCACUAAGCGAUCAAUUAUUGAUGAGCUUCAAAGCAAGCAGCUUUUCCUCUGAAUCCCUCUCCCCAAACUCAGUCAUGACCACACGGUCCACACCAAAGCUACAAACAAUUAUUUCUGGAAAAGACGUCUCUGAAUUCUCCAAUGAGGAACAACAACAGUAUGAGAUGCCUAUUAAGAAGAAAGUCCAUGGAAGAAAAAGGAGGACAAAGCUGAGUAGUGCUAAGAGCUUGUCAGACCUUGAGUUUGAGGAGCUAAAAGGGUUUAUGGAUCUGGGCUUUAGGUUCUCUGAGGAAGACAAGGAUUCAAAUUUGGUUUCUAUCAUUCCUGGAUUGCAAAGGUUGGGAAGAAAAGGUGGUGAAGAAGAUGUUGAUGAAGAAGAGAGAAAGACUGAUGAAACCGUGGUUUCAAGGCCUUAUUUGUCUGAGGCUUGGGAUGUUUUGGAACAACAAAAGCACCCGUUGAUGAAUUGGAAAAUUUCAGCUUUAGGUGACGAAAUGGAUAUGAAAGAUCAGCUCAAGUUCUGGGCUCAUACAGUUGCUUCCACUAUGAAAUAG